AUGUCAGCAUGUUGGGCUGGUGUUGGAUAUGCUGUUUAUAAAAUUGAUAGUUCAUAUCCACUUUUUAAUUGUUUUGCUUAUAUUUUUGUUUAUGGUGGUACAUCUGUGCAAAUAUUAAAAUUUGCUGCUAUUAUUUUGUUAUUAUAUCAACGAUUUAAUCAUCUCAGUGAUCUUGUUUUGCCACAACUUUCCAAGAGAAUAAAGGUUAAAAUUAUCAAUCAAAUUUCGUAUGAUCUUAGACUCGAUGAUAUCUGGUGGUUACAUUAUAAUCUUUCAUCAGCUGCUGAGGAAAUUAAUCGUGUUUAUUCUGUUCAACUUUUAAUAUGGAUAUUUUCAUUUUCACUCAAUGGACUUUCGAGAAUUUAUACUCUCAUUACACCAGAAGAUGAUUCUGUAUUUUCUAAAUUACGUGAUAUUUUAUGUGCAACUGGAUGCUUUAUUAAUUUAUUAAUCAUUACAGUUUUUUGUCAUGUUACAAGUAAAAAAGCAAAUCGUGUGAGAGAAAAUGUUUUUGCACCUUACUCAGUUGUUGCAAAAAAUUCACAUCUCAUUCAGGAACACAGUCCAGCAAUUGUUUAUUUUUGUGUUAAAAAAUUAAGCUUCACAGCUGCUUCUGGAUUCAUUCACGUUCACUUACCACUUUUACUUUCUAUUGCCGGAGCAAUGACGACUUAUCUGGUUAUCAUUUACAAGUCACCAUCUAAAUUAGCAUAG